AUGUUCGAGGGCAACGAGAAGUGCACCAUCGACGACCCCACCAAGCAGACCAAGUUCAAGGGCAUGAAGAGCUACAUCUCCUACAAGCUGGUGCCCACGCACACGCGCGCGCCCGUGUACCGGCGCUACAAGCACUUCGACUGGCUGUACGCGCGCCUGGCCGAGAAGUUCCCGGUCAUCUCGGUGCCGCACCUGCCCGAGAAGCAGGCCACGGGCCGCUUCGAGGAGGACUUCAUCUCCAAGCGCCGCAAGGGCCUAGUCUGGUGGAUGAACCACAUGGCCAGCCACCCGGUGCUGGCGCAGUGCGACGUCUUCCAGCACUUCCUCACCUGCCCCAGCGGCACGGACGAGAAGGCUUGGAAGCAGGGCAAGCGCAAGGCCGAGCGCGACGAGAUGGUGGGCGCCAACUUCUUCCUGACGCUCAGCACGCCGCCCGCCGCCGCGCUGGACCUGCAGGAGGUGGAGAGCCGCAUCGACGGCUUCAAGAACUUCACCAAGAAGAUGGACGACAGCGCGCUGCAGCUCAACCACACGGCCACGGAGUUCGCGCGCAAGCAGGUGACGGGCUUCCGCAAGGAGUACCAGAAGGUGGGCCAGUCCCUGCGCGGCCUUAGCCAGGCCUUCGAGCUGGACCAGCAGGCCUUCUCGGCCGGCCUCAACCAGGCCAUCGCCUUCACCGGGGACGCCUACGACGCCAUCGGCGAGCUCUUCGCGGAGCAGCCCCGGCAGGAUCUGGACCCAGUCAUGGACCUGCUGGCGCUGUACCAGGGCCACCUGGCCAACUUCCCCGACAUCAUCCACGUGCAGAAAGGUGCCCUGACCAAGGUGAAGGAGAGCCGGCGGCACGUGGAGGAGGGGAAGAUGGAGGCGCAGAAGGCCGAGGGCAUCCAGGCCCGCUGCAACACCAUCUCCUUCGCCACGCUGGCCGAGAUCCACCACUUCCACCAGGUCCGCGUGCGCGACUUCAAGUCCCAGAUGCAGCACUUCCUGCAGCAGCAGAUCGUAUUUUUCCAGAAAGUGACGCAGAAGCUGGAGGAGGCCCUUCACAAGUACGACAGCGUCUAGUGCCGAGCGCGCGGGGCGCUCCAGUUCCAGGGUGAUUCCCGCAGCGGAGCACAGACGGCUCAGAGCUGCCGCCGCUCCCGCGGGCACAGGCCGCUCUGUGCCUGAGCCGGGCUGGCUGUGUGCUGGCGCGGGUGUGCCGCAUCGUAGCUAAGUGACACUAUGUACGCCUACACUACCAUGUCGCGGGGAUACGAUUAUACUAUUUGCCUUAUUGCUUUCUGGAGGAUGGGUCUUCAGUGCAGACUUGGCAGACCUCAGAGCCCCCGGGGUCUCGGGGAGCCCGGGCCAGCCUGCCCCAUGCCUUUCCCGCCCACAGACUGGGGUCCCCGAAAUUCAGCCUGUUCUCUGUUUACAAACUCCGACGAGAGCAGCUGUGCGACUUCGUGCCUUUAGACUCGGGUUUUCGUUUCCCCGCCCCCUUUAUAAAGUAACACGACUUUUUGAUC